AUGCCUUCUCAUUCCGAGGAUGAUACCAAUCAUCCAUUAAAUGUGUUUGACAUUUUCAAGAAUUUAAACAAGAUCGGAAAGCAUCGGGUGAGAAAUACACUAUUCGGAAGGAUGAAGAAAUUAUCUUUGGAAGCAUUGGUAUGGGAUGGAUCAGUUGAAAAUCAUCAUGAAGAUAAUUUUGAAAUUUCAGAUUCCAACAAGGAAGAUGAAAUAUUUCUAAAUGCCAAUCCAACACCUCCAUUUGUGGCCCAAAAAAAGGAAACUGUCAAUGGUGUUCUGAUGCUGACUGAGAACGUAGAGAAGAUGAUUGAGGUAGAGGAGGAAUUCGAGGAGAAUACAAACGUAAUAACAAUUCUUUCAGAUCCUCAACAGCAAAGAGAAAAUGAUGAAACUCUAACAAAUCCAAUUGAUCCCUCCAUACUUGCUACCUGCUCUCAUGAGUAUCCACAUGAAAGCUCCAAUUUUAAGGGUUUCAAAGCAAUUGAGUUUCAAAAUGCUAUUUUGGAUCACUGUGACAAAGUCAGAGAGUAUACUGGUCACAAAUAUGGACUUGUUGUGUUGGCAACAGGUCUUGGAAAAACCAUUCUUGUGAUUCUUGACAUUGAGAGAGAAUUGUCACGAAUUAAGCAAUAUGAGAAUGAUCUGAAAAAGUUCAAAGUGCUCUUCAUGGUACACUCAAAGGUCAUUCGAGAUACUACUUUUAACAAAUUCAAGAUGCAAUUUUCAUCAGACUAUCAGGAUUUGGAGAGUCGGUGGGGUUUUAAGGACUCUGAUUUUCUCAAUAUCACGGAAAAUGAAAACCAAUCGAGUAUUGAGAGCAAGCUAAAGCGAGCAAAAUUUGUAUUCUGUUUAUUUCAGUCUUUUGAGAAAAUUAACUUGAAAGAUUCCCAAUUCACACAUUGCAUCAUUGACGAAGUACAUCACGUGGUAGCAACCACAUAUAAUAAGGCUUUUAAAUCGCUCAUGAAAUUAGCAACACUCAAAUACAUGCUAGGAAUGACAGCAACACUUGUCCACAGAGAGGAUCCCACAGGUGACAAACUCAAGGAGAAUUUCAAAGGCAUUGUAUAUGUAAAUUUACCUUGGAGGUUAGCUAAAACACUUGGUUUCUUUCCUCCUGUUGAGUAUUUGGAAUAUCUUCCUCAUACUAUCCAAUCGAACUUGGACAUUUUAACCUAUCAGCAAAUUUUGAAAGAGGCAUUUGAUCCUUAUAACAACCCAAAACGUCAACUUCCAAACUUCAUUGCUAAAUUAGACAAAAGCUUACAUCAAUUAGGAAUGAACACAGAUGAGCAGGUGAAAAAAAAGCUCACACCUGAAAAUAUUACAAAUGUUCUUCUCCAAUUCUUUACACAACAAAUUAACGCUGGAUUGCAAAUCAAAAGAAAAACCAUAAUUUUUGCAAACUCGUGUGAAACAGCGGACAAAAUUUCAAAGAUUAUCAAUGAAAAAUCAUCUUGUAAUUUACAGCUAAAGGCGUCAUCCAUUCACUACAAGAAAGGAAUCAAACAAACAAAACAAAUACUCGAGGAUUUCGCUAACGGUAAGCUCAAUGUGCUGGUAAAUGUCAUGAUGGUGAGCGAGGGCUAUGAUGUUAAGGAUGUUGAUUGUCUUGUUUUGGCGAGACAGACCGAGUCUGAAAUCGUUUUUCUUCAACAAAUUGGCAGAGCUAUGAGAAGAAAUACUGACAAGUCUGUCACCAUUAUUGACUUGGCUCUUAAUUUACGCAGGCGAUGGAAAAGGCUUUUCAAUGAUGACUUUCAAAAUGAAGAGGAGCUGAAAAAGAUGAUUGUGGAAUUUUGGGAUGUGGAAAAUUUUGUGGGGGAUCCUAUCAAUUUUCAGACUUUUGAGCAAUAG